AGUUGCCAUGAACAAUAGCUUGAAACCAGUAAGAGGGAUAAGAUAAUGGGAGUCAAAGCUAGUAAGUUGAGCAAGUUCAUUAAUGGAGCUAAAGGUAUUAAGAGAAUAGGAGUUGGUUCUCCAUCAACUCCUAGAGGUUAUGUGCCAGUUUGUGUAGGGGUUAGUGAGAAUAGUAGUAAGAGAUUUAUUGUUCAUAGAAGAGCAUUUGGUGAUGCAGAAUUCUUGGAGCUUCUUUGCAAAUCAGCUGAAGAAUAUGGAUUUUGUAAUGAAGGUGUUUUAAGAAUUCCAUUCGAAGCCAAGGAUUUCGAGGAGUGGAUGAUUAGAAGAGGCAAGAAAACGAUUAGUAGCGUUAAAUCAACGUAAUUAGUCUUCAUUUGCUUUGUUUAUAAUUUGAUUGCAGAUAAAUGUUAUGCUUAAUGAAUUUGUAAAUAGCCUUAUUAGCAAGGAAAUUCUUAUCUAUUUAUAUCUGUAGCAUCCUCCUUAUAUUCAUGUAUCUAUAUCAAUA